AUGGCACAUCUCACCGCUCGGUCGGUCCUACUUCGUCAACCACAAUACUCGGACCACGUCGUGGAAGAAACCAACGCCAGAACGUCCAGCAGGGAGCUUGAUACCAGAAUACGUCAUUGAGGGUCACUCCGCAUUUAUAUGGAGCCUUGCUUGUUUAAGCACUGGUGGCAAUAUACUGAGCGCGUCGUCUGAUGGCUCAAUUCGUCAAUCGGAAAAAGACGGAGGGCCUGUAGGGAAGCUUUGACAGCGGGAAGGUGAUCUCAAUAGCACUGUGUCCAGAUGAAACAAUGCUCGUGAGUGGAAGCACGGAUGGCAACGUUCAGUUGUGGAGUACAAAGGAGGGGAACAUGGUCGGGGACCCAUGGAAGGCUCAUCGUGAUGUGGUGAUGUACCUCCAUUGGUCUCCGAAUGCGGUGGAGAUAGUAAGUGGAUCGCAUGACGGCACCAUACGACGAUGGAACCCGCAUACUGGCCGAGAAAUGGCACAUCCGAUAGCGACCAGUCAUGGUUGGGUGACUGUCGUUAGAUACUCCCCGCAGGGCGAUAAGUUCGCGAGCGGUGGUGCGGACAAGAUGAUUCGGAUAUGGUCUACUGAUGGCCAGCCCCUCAUCGAGAUCAAUGGGCACGACGACUGGGUGAUGUCGUUAUGUUGGUCCAAUGAUGGUACACAAAUAUUUUCCGCGUCAUCAGAUAGCACGAUCAGGAAAUGGCAGACGAGUGACGGCAAGGAGCUCGUCAUCCUCCGGGGUCACACCAACAGCGUCAACUCCCUUUGUCUGUCCCUCGAUGAAAGCUAUCUCUUCAGCGCAUCAAAGGAUUGUUCAGUUCGCAUCUGGGAUCUUGGGACCAAUGAGGCGAUCGGGGACCCACUCUUGCAUGACGAACAAAUUUGGGCUCUUGCCAUGUUCCCUGAUGGGACAUACUUUGCCAGUGCUGGUGUGGACGCAAAGGUCUAUGUAUGGAGUCUGGACGCAGCGCUGAAGCAGCAGGAUAGUAGCGGUGCUUGUAAUAGUAAUGCAGAGCUAGUCGCAAAUUUCACGGGACGCGCAGCUCGAUCUAGAGAGGUAUGUGACUCCUCUCCUGUAUCCAAACAGCAGUCCUACGACAGAGCAUUUGGAAGAUAUGGCAAUAACUUCUGGGGUAGUGAUACGAACCCGAUCCCACGCCGCAGCUCCGCUCCGUUCGCAAGCACACUUCGUCUACGCAGUGCGUUUGGUUUCCUCCGCCCCAGAACUAAACCUGUCGAUGCACUCCAAGAAAUCCCGCUCAAGACCCAGCGCCGGAACUUUAACUUCUUUUCUGUGAGAACCUCGAUACGUCCUGUCGAGGUUGCUCCGUGUCGCGAGGAAGAUAGAUACGGUAUUGCCCCACCGUCUGAGGCAGAAGUGGCUGCAGCUAUGGAAAGCACGAGCGACAAACAGCUUGAUAGUUCAACACAACAAGGUCAAGCUGUAGCGGGAGCACAAGGUUCUCAAGUCCAUAAUAUACAAGGACCGUCAACACCCAUGGCUCGAGCCGAACAUUCUGGCUAUGACACAGGUGAAUCAUCGUGUGUGAUAGGCUGUUGUGGACUCUCGCUUCGUUUGUCUUCGGCGCACUAGUGACUAGGUGGCCAUCAUUCCUGCCAGUCUCUUCACACCGACUGAGUGAAAUUUGACAUCGUCUCGGUGCACGCGCUCACAAGUACCUAUAUGUGAAUUCUCUGGUUUUCCAUACCUCCACCUAUGAUACUUCCACCUAAGCAUGCCCUUUCCAAUAUUCAUUAUCGAUGCCAUAGCCCUUACAUUCUGCUCGUACUAAGUUAUGUCGUUAUCUGAUCAUGCUUUGUGC